AUGGGGAAAGAGGAGGCUGUUCCCAGACUGAGGCACAGUUCCAGUCCCUGGACGAUGGCCACAGGACGCCUCUGCUCGUGGGCCGUGCUUCUGACCGGACUGCAGCUCUCUGUGAGCCAUGGUCCUGGACUGAACCUGGGAGAGGACUAUGAGGUGGUGCGGCCGGUCAGACUCCACACGGUCAACAAGAGACAUGCAGAGCUCCACAGACCACAGACGGUGAAAUACGCUCUGACCGUGAGAGGCCGACCGCUGCAGAUGCACCUGCAGAGGAACGAUGAAUUGCUGACCAAAGACUACAGCGAGACUCACUACCUGGAGGAUGGCACCCGCAUCACCAGCGCGCCACGCCACAUUGAUCACUGCUAUUACCAAGGGACCAUCCUGGGGGACAGCAGGUCCGAGGUCAGCCUCAGCACCUGCGACGGGCUCAGAGGGUACUUCCGGACGUCCGAGCAGAGAUUCGUGAUUGAGCCGCUGACCCUGGAGCCCGACGGGGAUCACGCUGUGGCUGCUCUGUCUGAAGACCCUCUCCCCCAGGCCACGGCCCCCACGUCUCACAGAGACCAAGACCCCCAAACCACGCCCCUCACGUGCGGAGUCACCAACGAGACCUGGGCUGCAAACGAAGAGCCGCCCAGUCGAGCACGCUCCUCGCCUCUGUCCAUCCUUUAUCAGAAGAAGUUCAUGGAGCUUUACCUGGUGGCUGACUACAAAGAGUACGUGAGGAUGAACAAAGACCUAUCCAAACUGAGGAAGAGGAUUUUUGAAGUCGUCAACUUUGUCAACAUGGCGUACAAACCACUGCUGACCUUCGUGGCUCUGGUGGGGCUGGAGGUCUGGACAGACUCAGACAAAAUCAGCAUCAGCUCGGACACCGGACAGAACCUGGAUCUCUUCAGAGACUGGAGGAACAAGAACCUGAUCUCCAGCAAGCAUGACUGUGCCCAUCUGAUCAGUGGGGAGGACUUUGCCGGGGGCACGGUGGGACUGGCCUACGUGGGAGCUCUGUGUACGGGCUACUCUGUGGGCGUGGUGCAGGACUACACAGACGUGGCUGUAGCAGUAGGAGCGACCCUGGCCCAUGAGUUGGGUCAUAACCUGGGCAUGUCCCACGACUCCAGCUCCUGCAGCUGUGGAGGAGACAGCUGCAUCAUGGAGCCCUCUGUCAAGAGCUGGACAUUACCUGAGACCUUCAGCAGCUGCAGUCGCUCCAAAUAUGAGGAGUUUCUUCUGGAGCGGAGCGUGAACUGCCUCCUGAACGAACCGGACCCCAGGAGCCUGCUGUCUCCGUCUGUCUGUGGGAACGGCUUCGUGGAGGAGGGAGAGGACUGCGACUGUGGUUCUGUGGAGGAGUGCUCCGACCGCUGCUGCAACGCCUCCUCCUGCUCCUUCAGCGAGGGCUCCCAGUGUGCGGAGGGAGAGUGCUGCCAGGACUGCAAGGUCCUGGGUCGGUCCCGUCAGUGCCGGCCGCAGCAGGACGAGUGUGACCUGCCUGAGUUCUGUGAUGGCAAGAGUGCGUUCUGUCCUGAGGAUGUGUUUAGCGCCAACGGAGCUCCGUGCGACAGCGCUCGAGGAUUCUGCUUCAACGGACAGUGUCCCCAGAGACUGAGCCAGUGCAACAACAUGUACGGCCCAGAAGCCAUCGAGGGCCGAGCGAGCUGCUUCCAGUACAACACGGCGGGAAAGUACUACGGCUACUGCAGACGGCCCACGAGUGACCAGUACAUCGCCUGCUCCAAACAGGACAUCUACUGUGGGAAGCUCUUCUGCCACUACGGAAAGGACUCUCCCACGUACGGAGGAAGGCUGAGAAUCGGAGACUGCAAAGCUGCGUACUUCAGUGACGUCACCAAAGAUUACGGACAAGUCCAAACUGGAACCAAGUGCGGAGAGGGAAAGGUGUGUAGCCAGGGCCAGUGCAUGGACCUGAGGAUGGCGUACAAGACCUCGGACUGCUCCGCCCAGUGUCCAGGACGCUCCGUGUGUAACCACUUGGGGGAGUGUCAGUGCGAGCCCGGCUGGCUACCUCCACACUGCGACAAAGAGGACAAAGACUUCAGCUCAGUCACAGCCCAGAGUCUGAGUCCAGGUGCAAUCUUCGGGAUCUCCGCAGCUGUGAUCGUCGCUGUUACGUGUGGCCUCCAGUACGUGUGGCCUCCCGUACGUGUGGCCUCCAGUACGUGUGGCCUCCCGUACGUGUGGCCUCCAGUACGUGUGGCCUCCCGUACGUGUGGCCUCCAGUACGUGUGGCCUCCCGUACGUGUGGCCUCCAGUACGUGUGGCCUCCAGUACGUGUGGCCUCCAGUACGUGUGGCCUCCAGUACGUGUGGCCUCCAGUACGUGUGGCCUCCCGUACGUGUGGCCUCCAGUACGUGUGGCCUCCCUACGUGUGGCCUCCAGUACGUGUGGCCUCCAGUACGUGUGGCCUCCCGUACGUGUGGCCUCCCGUACGUGUGGCCUCCCGUACGUGUGGCCUCCAGUACGUGUGGCCUCCAGUACGUGUGGCCUCCCGUACGUGUGGCCUCCCGUACGUGUGGCCUCCCGUACGUGUGGCCUCCAGUACGUGUGGCCUCCAGUACGUGUGGCCUCCAGUACGUGUGGCCUCCAGUACGUGUGGCCUCCCGUACGUGUGGCCUCCCGUACGUGCUCCAGUACGUGUGGCCUCCAGUACUGUGCCUCCAGUACGUGUGGCCUCCAGUACGUGUGGCCUCCCGUACGUGUGGCCUCCCGUACGUGUGGCCUCCAGUACGUGUGGCCUCCAGUACGUGUGGCCUCCAGUACGUGUGGCCUUCCUUACAUGUGGACUCCCGUACGUGUGGCCUCCAGUACGUGUGGCCUCCCGUACGUGUGGCCUCCCGUACUUGUGGCUUCCCGUACUUGUGGCUUCCCGUACUUGUGGCCCCCCGUAAUUGUGGCCCCCCGUAA